AUGGGCGGCGGUAAAGUCCACCAGGAGCCUAUCGUGCUCGUGGUCGAUUUCCAUCAUGCAAGGGGGCCCGAAGUCGAGUUCUGGUUCUGCGACGAUGGAGUCGACCCGGUGCAGAAGAAUGAUUGGGCAUUGCUGCCGUUCAUGGCACUGUCGGACGGAGCGCAUGCAUCUACGGAAGACUUCUCCUACUUCACGCUGCAAUGCAAGGCGACCGAAGAUACACCGGCUACCUCCCUGUUCGGAAUAUCGUGCACCACGCAGCUCGACUCGGAUAAGUUGAUAAACCGUCCAGCAGACGUGACGAGGUCGACGGUGCAGAAGGCAGUGGUGGCAAUUAUAAACGAGCCGCGCCAUCUGGGCCAGCUGCGGGAGAAGCUAUCGAUCGUUACGUCGGCCUGGUUUGCUCAGCGUGACUUUACGGAUACGGAUAUCCUCCAGCAAUGGGGGAAGGCCGUUCGUCUGGUUAACAUUUGCCAUUUAGUGCUUGCUUACAUGGGGCUGCCCCUUCAGAUAUUUGGCAAGGGAAGCAUGUUUGGGCCAUAUACGCCUCUUCAACAGCUGGACCUCCUCGCCGACUACGGAACGAAAUCAUAUCUUGUCGGCUCUACCAACUCGUUACUCCUGCAGCAAAAGGAUCGAUAUAGUGAUAUUCUAAUAAAUCUUGAUGAGGAUACAGUCAAUAUCUCGUCUCCGUCUCUACGAGCAGCUCUCUCCCUUUCCGCCGCAGAUCGUCGAUGGAUUGAUUUCCUUACCCAGACAAUAAACGAAACCUGGGACGAUGCGCAUCCUGCAAGACCGAAAACACACGGCUACCUAGGAUCGGAAGAGUUUAUUCGUCUUCAGUUCGAAGAAUAUCUUCUAGCCCUUAUCUCUUGUGUCAAAUACCACGAUGAAAUCACUGUGGGAGGCGUAACGAAACAACCAGCAAAUGACAUAGAUGGCGACCCUGCGUUGGAUUUCAACCUUGAUUUCCUAGAACACUGGCGCCAAACUCCCAACUUUGCUCUUUUCGACAGACUUACUUCUGACGCCUUGCUAUUUUCAGUCGUCGAACCUCGUCACCCGUGUGCCGGAGGGCUAGGGAUUGAAGAUAUCCAACGACGACUAGCACAACAGGUGGCAGACCUGCACCUUGAUGAACGGGUACGCGAAGGCCGCGAAACGCUAAAUAAGCAUCUAGCCACGGGUCAUCAAAAAGUCACUACGGCGUUUAACAGCCUCUGGGCUGAGCUUGAAGCAAGGCGUGAAGCUCAGAGGAAGAAGAUUGAAGAACGGGCAAGACAAUCGGCACUAGCCGAUGCCGACCCAAAUGAUAAAUCGGAACCUGGCCCUUCUUCCCCCACACCAUCCUCUCCUCGACACUCCACAUCUUCGAACCCAUCCGGAUCAACGUCAUGGUCAUCGCUCGCCGCACGCAAGCCGCCAGCUGUGGAUCUAUCACAGGCCCAAUCCACUGUUUCCGCGGCCAGUCAGAGAGCAUCAGCAUAUUUUAGCUCCUGGGGUUCUUGGGCCAGUGAUCGGCGGAAAGAAUGGCAGACAAAGAACACCGGUAGCCCGGUCUCAUCACCAACAACCACCACUCCAAGAGUUUCAAUGUCUGCUAAUGACAGAAGCUUGAAUGAACACGCUAGCAACCCCCCAGUCACAAAAUCGGCCAACACAGCCACAGAGAAACCAAAGGAAGAUGUUGAUCUGCCGCCUCAACCGGAGAAUGGCGAGGUAGAGAAGACCACUCACAGCCUCCAGCAUGAACCCGACCAACCGAUGGAGAAAGAUACCACGGCUACUCUAGCUGAGAACGAUCCGCCUCCUUCCAACGAGGCUUCUACCGUCCCUCUACACGCACAUAAAUGA